AUGACUGGGCCUUUUUUGCUGAUGUGGCGCACACUUGGGGCUGACGUGGAAAGACACGUGGCUGAAUACGUGGCUGAUGACUCAGCCUCUCUGAUGAUGUGGCUGGUGACGUGUCUGGUGCGGCUUGCUCCGACAAAGAACGGCGACGGCGAUGGCUGUUCCGAGAUCGUCUCGCCGAGGUGCACAAGACUUAAUGAUCAGAUCUAUUUUUCGAUCACUUUCCAGUUCUGCGAUUUCUGGACAGAACUCGUUGUACACGCAACUCCGUCGAACGGACCGUGUGGCUACUGUGGACCUCCGUUGUCGACGGGCCUUGUAAAUUACCAAAACCAUAUUGUGGUUUCCAACGGAGGAAAAGACACGACUCCUUCUGGGACAGAGUUGUUGCUUAGUCGUGAAGGCAAGGCAAGAGAUGAUGAAGAUGAGAUUGAAAAUAGCAUGGCGAGUUGCGUGACGUCGGAGGACUCGAAGGGGUCCACGGCCAAAAGAGCAGAAGCAGGGGAUCCACAGAGAGAGGGAAGCGCGAAAGAGAAGAACAAGGAGGGGGGAAAAGAGGAAAAGGCGGCGAAGGGGAAUGCAGAGGCGGGAAGCCAAAAUGAUGCCAAGGAGGAGGAUGAAAGUCAUGGUAAUAAAGAAGAUGAUGAAGGUUUGCAAGGUGACGAGAGCAGCAUAAUGUUUCCGGGUUCGCCGAGUUUCAGAAUCAAUUUUACAGAUAAUUUGGAUGAGGAUGAUGACAAUGUCAAUGGUGGCAAGAAAGACAUUGGCGAAAACGAAAAGACUAUUAGAGAUCACGGCACGCCACCGGAGAGGGAUUUGCAGGAUUCUGAUCCUAAGAAACUGAAGAAAGGGAGGAAGAGGAGCAGUUUCAGAAAGGUUAUGCCAAAGGGAGGGCAAAAUGCUAUGAACAACCUGUUCAAUGUCAGGUCAUGCUACUCUCCGUCUUGCUCUUCCCACGACCGUGCUCAUCUUCUAACAGAAAAGACACCUGCUUGAUCGAUUGCAGUGAGAAAAAAGAAGAUAGCUUACACUAGUUCGUGGAUUUCCUAGUCUUUCUGUAUCAGCCAACACUGUGUCUAUAUAUCAGUCAGGGACAAAGAUGUAACUAAUGAGGGACAACGAUGUAAUCGAUUUAUAUUCUACAAUGUUUAGGGGUGUAAAUGCUUAAGAAAAUAUACGUCUUCAAUCAAUUUUGGCAUCAUGGACGAAUCUGCCAUUGUUAAAGUGAGUUAUUUGUCUGCUAA